UGGGUCUCUUAUGAAAUAUCCUGAUAGUCUUGGCGUACCUGUCGAUUUUAUUAGUAACUGGUGCAUUUUAAUAAAUUUUUCGUUCAAUUUUGAAAGGCUUAGACGAUGGUUGAUCUGUUAGAUACGAACCUUCCGACAACACUUUUUCGAACAAUCAAAUGUAAGCAGGGUGCCGUCAGAGCUGUAAGAUUUAACGUAGAUGGAAACUAUUGCUUGUCGUGUGGUGCAGACAAAUCAGUAAAGUUAUGGAAUCCGUAUAAGGGAACGCUUCUAAAAACUUAUACGGGGACAGGAUGGGAGGUACUAGAUGCUCAGGGUUCCAGUGAUAAUUCACUGAUACUUGCUGGUGGCAUGGAUAAACAGUUGACAGUAUUUGAUGUUGAAACGGGAAAAAUAACACGCCGCUGGAGAGGACACAAUGGUCAGGUUAACAGUGUGGCGUUUAAUGAAGAAUCAACGGUAGCAGUGUCUGGUUGCCAAGACGGCAUCGUUCGAUGCUUUGAUAUUCGUGAUAAAAACGCACCAAUACAGCAAAUGGAUGAGGCUACAGAUGCUGUGUUAACAGUUGAUAUCAGUUCACAUGAGAUUGCUUCGGGUUCAGCUGACGGCAGUGCUCGGAUCUAUAGUAUUCGAGAUGGAAAGUUGACUGAUAAUUUUCUCGGCGAUAGUGUUACGUCGCUGCAUUUCUCAGCAGAUGGCCAGUGUCUACUUGCGUCCACCAAAAAUGGCUUCAUUCGAUUGAUCGAUAAAGUGAAUGGUCAACUACUGGCAGACUACACAGGCCACUUAAAUACUAAAUAUCGUGUGGAAAGCUGCCUACUUGCAACUGAUGCGCACGUUGUGAGCGGUUCUGAGGAUGCUCAUUUGUACAUAUGGAGUAUGAUUAAGAUGAAAGUACUGCAUAAGUUGCCACAUCCAAGUUCCGUAGUGCACUCGGUUAGCUCACAUCCAAAGAAGCCAGUGCUGUUAUCUUCAUCAACAACAAACAUAUUUCUAUGGGGACUGAAAAAAGAAAAAGAAGAGAGUAUAUGA